CUCUAACAAAGCAUUCAUCAACGUGCUGAACGAAGUUAACGAUAUUGCCGGUCAACAUGAAGUCAUGGCAGAAAAUUUUAUGACAGAUAUUGUAAAAGAAGUCCACAACCUGAUAAAAGAGAUAAAGGAUGAAAGGAAAAAGUAUCUUCGAGAAGGGGAGAAUCGUCAUGGUCAGCUACAAAAUGCUGUUAUAUUGCAUGAUAAGGCUAAAAAAGCUUAUGAAAAAACAUUCAGGGAAGCAGAGAAGUCACAGGAAAGUUAUAUAAAAGCCGAUGCUGAUAUUAACCUGUCUCGAGCUGAAGUUGAGAAGGCAAGAAUCUUCUCCAAUGCAAAAAACCAGCUUUGUGAAGAAGCAAAGACCAACUAUGCUGACCAGUUACAAAAGACCAAUGAAAUACAAAGAGUACAUUUCUUUGAAGCUAUGCCACAAAUAUUUCAGAACAUCCAGGACAUGGAUGAGCGAAGAAUAUCGUGUUUCCAGAAUUUUCUCAAACAAUUUGCAGAUAUUCAAAAGCAGGUGAUUCCAAUUAUCAAUAAGUGUUUGGAGGGAAUUGUUGUAGCAGCAAAAACCGUUGAUGCAAAACAGGACUCAAAACUAGUCAUCGAAAGGUUCAAGACUGGAUUUUCUCCACCAGAAGAUUUACCCUUUGAAGAUCUCAGUAACAUUAAAAGUACUGAAAACAAUACAAAUUCUCAACAAAUACCUACUGUAAAAGUUGAAACAGUAAGAGGCUCUGUGUCGUCAGGAAAGCCAAAGAAACGCCACGGACUGUUUGGGAUAUUUGUUUCUAAGCAUGCUAGUGAUGAUUAUAAAGAUGACUUUAGUGACUUACCUCCAGCACAACGAAAAAAGAAACUUCAACAAAAAGUUGACCAGAUCCAAGUAGCUUUGCAGCAAGAAAGUGCAGCAAGGGACGGAUUGUUGAAGAUGAAGCAGGUUUACGAAACCAAUCGGGGAUUGGGUGAUCCUGAAAGUGUUGAAGGACAAUUGUACGAACAGGAACAAAAGCUUGACAAUCUUCAGGCAGAACUUCAGAAGUACCAGGGCUAUCUUGCAGAUGCCGAUAUCUCAACACUCACACCUGUUGUUCAGAAGAAAGUACAUAAUUCUCUGAACUUGUCAGAUAACGCUUUAUCAAGAAGUGCAUCAGAGUCGUGUGUUAUCAAUGCUAAAAAUUUCAAAAUUUCAACACCGGAGACUUCUCAUGGUUCUUACCACAGCCAGGAUGAUAUAAAUAGUGACAUGACAGUCCAGCCCAAUGAAGACAUCUAUGCUAGCCCUGAUCCAGAGUUUGAAAACAUAGAUGACUUUGACGACGCCAAUAAUGUUCCGUUACCUCCCAUAGGAACUGCUAAAGCUCUCUAUGCUUUCGAUGGGCAAAGUGAAGGAUCAGUGUGGAUGGAAGAAAACGAAGAUCUUCUAGUCAUUGAAGUUGACCAGGGCGAUGGAUGGACAAGGGUCCGUAAAAACACUUCAGAAGAAGGAUUUGUUCCCACGUCGUAUAUUGAAACUUCCAUCAAUCAGAGUGACUGCUAAUGUGGAAUUGUGCAGAGUCUACUAGAACGCACCACCUAGGACUUGUAUGUGUAUUAUCAUAGCAUCUACAGACCAAGAACAGAAGUUGUUUCUAUGAAACAAUGUAAUUACCGAAAACUGAGGAAUUCAAUUUGUUGUUCUUUCAUCAAGCAGCUGUAAUGGCCAGAUAAAUAAUUACCUAAUUUUUAUGUUCUGCUCUUGUUGAUAUCGAUUCAGAUCACCUAACAUUAUCUUAGGGUCAUUGAUAUAUACAUACACAUACAAAACAAUCAACAAAAAAAAAACACUACUCCCUGACUUACAGGUGUAAACUUGUGCUUAUGUCCUCUUGUAGUUAGGGUACGUUUCAAUCAGUAUUUUAACUGAGUAUCCAACUAAUAUUUCUGUGGGUGCUAAUCUAUUCAUGUCAAUGCUUUAUAUUGUGUUUCCUUCAAGUUCAAAGUUUAUAGAUUUGUAUUGAGUUUUAUAUUGAGCCUAUCAUAUAGUUUAUAAUUAAAGCACUGUUUGUAAGAUUAAAUGGGUUUUGUAUAUCCUAGAGGUAUAGUUUUUUGGGCUUGCUUGACCAUGUUAUGGGAUUAUAGUCAACUUAGAGUAUUGUUUAAAGUGCAAUUUAUUAAUGGUGUUUUAGGUCAUUCGAACAUUUAAUCAUAUUUUUAGUAAUGUAUCAUGACAUAAAAACUAAUUUAGGUGGAAAAUCUGUUGAUUUGAUGUGUCCACGUAUUGAAUUAUAAUUCUAUUCCAGUUUACAAAUGAAAAUGUUAUGAAUAAAAUAAUUUCUAUCACAAUUCUAAAAAGAUAAGUUUAUGACAAAAGUACAUCGGAAUUUUCUUAAAUUAUUGUACGAUUGUUUAAAAAAACGUAUCGUUACUUAAGAUUUUCUAAAAUCAAAUUAAUUUCAUCAAGAUAAAGAAAUAGGUAAUGUUAUAACUAUCAUUGUUGUUAAAGGAAAAUACGUUGUUUUAUAAAUACCAAUGCUGGCUAUUAACCAAAAAAAAAUUGCCGAAAAAUUAAUUUGGGCUUAAAAAUUAGUAGGGUGUGACCGUUUUACAUAUAUUAGCAGUAUUAAAAAACUGGUAUAGUUUUUAAUACAGUUAAAAUUAUUUCUCAUGGUGAUAUUAUUUUAUUAUAUGAUAACUGCAUUUUCUCUAUUUAUAAUUACAAAAGUGUUAUUUCAAUUACUGGAUAGCUGAUCUAUGCUGUAUAUCUAUCACAUUUUUGUGUAAUGUUUUACUUACCAUAUGAUUAGAGUUACAUUGUAUUUUCUUCUUUAGAGAUAUCAUCAUAGCAUGAUAUAACUAGUUGAAUAAAUAUCAAACCAACUAUUACAUGUUUCUUAUUCACUAACGAUAAAAAAGUCCAAUUUUCGUCACCAGGUAUCAUAAAUGUCUACUUAUUGUUUAGUUAACCCUAACUACAAACAUUCUAGGUUUAUAAUGAAGCCUUUUGUAGAUAAUCUGGUUUUAUAGAUUUAUUUGUUAAUAAGAAUAUUUGUUUGUAAUAACUUAAAAAAAAUGUCAAACCACGUUUAUGCUUAUUAAUUCUAAAAUCAGUGAUAGGUUCCUUGUUACUACAACAAACAGACCAGCUUCUUAAUCUUGUUUCUCGUGGCUAAUCCUAAAAUAAUUUUGUUGCAAACACUUAUUCUGAUAAUAGUCAGAAACAUCCUAAGAUAUUUUUUUUAUAAUUGACAACAAUUGGAAAGUUCCAAUGAGAUUUCUCACAAUUGAUAACAUUCAGAAACUUACUAACCGAUAUCUCGCUAUUAAUCCAAAAAUAAAAUACAUUUCUAUACGUUAAUUCUAAAACGAGGCUUAUGUAACAACAAAGAAGUUAGGCCUAAGAGUCUUUUGAAAACUGUUACUAGAUGUACGAGUUGAUUUGAAUAGUCCCGAAAAACUGUAUUAAAUGGCAGUUGUGUAUGUUCUUUUUAUUUCACAAAGGUAAAAGUAUAAAGAAUAAAACAUUUUUGCAAAUUUUCUGAAUAUAUAUAUUUUUUGAAUAGGCUAUUACAAGUUUGGUUAAGGUCUCACUGGCCGAGUGUGGUCUAAAGUCACUUCAUAGUUGCAUGGGUUUUGAUUAGUUUAUGCUAUUACAAAUUUGGUUUAUUAUUGUUUUAUAAUUAUCGUAAACAUCACUUUUUUUCAUUGAUAAAUAGUUAUAAAUUGUCUUUAAAAUACUUUGAGGCCCUAAAAAAUUAAUCUUGUGCUAAAAGACUAAAUCAGCUAUCUGUAAAAAUUGGAUCUGAAGAACUACAUACCAAAAUACAUACAUAACGAUGCACACGGAUAACUCGUAUCUGCCGUGGAUGGUGAUCUGCACGUUGCCCAUCAGGUGGCAUGUGCUUAUGUAUAAAUAGUAUUAAGUUUUUUAAAUUUUUUGUUUCUCCAAUCAAAGAACCUUGUUAUACUUAUUCUCCAACAAUUAUUAACCUUAUUAUACGAUUACAUUAUGACCUAUAAACGUUCUACUUGAAACUUAAAAGACAAAUUUGUUUAAAGCAUCAGAAGAAGUAGCAAGUUUAAUUUUUGUGAAUACGUUAUCAGUUUACUAGUCAUACGUGUAGGCUUAAAUAUAAGAUAUUUUGCGUUUAUUUUCGCCCUAUUUUUCAAUGUACUAUGAUGAAAGUUGUAUUAAAAUAUUAUAUUCAUUCAUUUAAUACGAGGGUGGACUCGCAGUGUACUGAGAAGUCAGUUUUUAAAUGUCUGUAAACUAUAAGGAAAUUAGCUCCUAUUUUUGAUAGUUUUUUAAACGAUGUAUAACAUUUAUAUAGUGAAUAGUCAAUUUCUAUUAAUAGUGUGAAAACAGUUUGUUCAAAGAUAUUUUCUCUGAAGUAUAGCGUGUUUGACUGAUUACAGUUAUCAUAACUAUUCCCAUUAGUAGUAGGAAUUACAGUGACUUAAAACAAGAAAUUAAGUGGAUUUCAUUAACCAGGAGAGUUUAUUAUUAAUAUUUCGCUUUCGCAUCGUAAAUAGUGUUUAACGUCUAAGAAAGAGAACAGUAAAGUUUUCAGACUUCACCUUACAGAAAUCAAGUAUCAUUUCUACAUUUCCAGAACUGGGUGUGGUAUAAAACGCAUCUCAUCCUUAUACCUUAUCCAAAAAUAUUCUUAAAACCGACUUUAUAAAGUUUAUACUGAAGCAGCAUUGUUUAUGAUAUAUACAUGGUGGAAUUUGUCUUGUAUAUUUUUUAAUGUAUUAAGUUGUGUUUAACAUCUGCAAGCGAUGGAGAGAAAACCACGCGAAUGUUGGUUUUUAUGAUCUUUAGUCCAGAUAUAAUCAGUAUUCUCAAAUGGUUAGUUGUGGUGGGGCAGUUUUUUUUUAUACGCUGAUAUGUUCGUUAGUAUUUACAUUUUUAUACUACUGUAAAACUGAAAGCGCUUGUGUGCCUCUUCUGUUGCCGUACAUAUGUUUUGUGUGUGUGUGUGUAUGCAAUUUUUUUCUGCUGACUCUCGAAGGAUGCUAAUAUUAUCAACAAAUAUUACCAUGAUUGAAUGAUACUUUGGAUCUUGUAUAAUGAAAAACUAUAAUUUUUCUGAAGAGUUGAAUUUGUUUAAUGCUAAAGUUAUAUAAAAGUUUGCGUUUAGCUUUUUUGAUAAUUUUAUUUAAUCUUUUUUUUUCACUUUAAAACGUUGAUAUGGUUAUCAUAUAAAGCCUGUAAUUUUUCUGUUAUUGGGCUAACUUAUUCAUCUAGUUGAUGUAAAAAAACAACUUAAAAAUAAAGGUCGACGACGAAGAAA